AUGAUAAGCGAAACAAGUGCAAGAAAUGGAUCUCCUUUCACAGCAAUUCAAUGGCAAGAACUUGAACAUCAAGCUCUUAUCUUUAAAUACCUGUUCUCAGGGAGCCCCAUCCCACCUGAUCUCAUUUACUCUGUCAGAAGAAGCCUUGACUCUUCAAUGUCUUCUUCUUCUUCUUCAAGGCUCUUCCCCUUCCAUCCAAUUGGAUGGGGAUGCCUAGAAAUGGGAUAUGGCAGAAAAGUAGACCCAGAGCCAGGAAGGUGCAGAAGAACAGAUGGCAAGAAAUGGAGAUGCUCAAAAGAAGCCUAUCCGGACUCAAAAUACUGUGAGAGGCACAUGCACAGGGGGAAAAACCGUUCAAGAAAGCCUGUGGAAAUUUCUUCAACAGCAACAACAGGCAUUUCAACAAACACAUCACAGCCAAUCUCUUCACCGUAUAGCAACAGAAGCCUUACCAUGAGCAAUGCCAAUCCACCGUCAACAACUUCUUUCCCUUUCUCUCUAUUGCCCUCUUCUGUGCCCUCCGAUACCCAACCUUAUUCCCAUGUUUACCAAAAUUCUUCUCUUAAUCCCUUGUACUACACCCAUUCAACCUCAUGUAAACCUCUUGAUUCUGAUUUUCCUUCUCCAAAAAGCAAUGCCCACCAGCUAUUUUUGGACUCUGGACCUUAUUCUAGGGAUGAGGACUAUAGGCAUACUCAUGGAAUGAGGGAAGGUGUGGAUGAGAGAGCUUUCUUUCCAGAAGCCUCGGGGAGUGUUAGGAGCUUUCCUGAUUCAUAUCAACAAUUACCAUUGAGCUCCUGUAAGUCUUAUUCAAACUCCCAGUUCCAUAACAUGAAUGAUAAUCCAACUCCAAGACAGCAAGAAGAGCAACAUUGCUUUGUCAUGGAAAGAGACUUCAACUCACCGGGGCAAAUAAAACAAGAGAAUGAAACCGAGAUGACCCAGAGAUCCCUUCAUCAUUUCUUUGGUGAAUGGCCUCCAAAGAACACAGAUUCCUGGCUUGAUCUCGCUUCAAAUUCCAGAAUCCCCUCUGGUAAUGUUUUAUUAUCUGUAGCUUCCUCUUCGUUGUAUCUGACGUCUUAA